AUGUCAUCGCCUUAUGAUAAUCGAGGCUCAUCGCGGCGCCGACAUGGCGUCUGGAGCCAUUGGGUACCUCUAGCGGUGACAGUGACUGUCGCGACAGUCGGUGUCGCCGCCUGGAUCUGGAGCCAGCGCAGUGGCAGCGAGGAAGAGGAGGACGAAGACGAGGCCAUUACCCAACAUCUCGACUACGAGAAUGCCGACUACGGCGACAACCCUGCCUACGGCAUGACAGGCGACGGCGUCAGCUCUCGAGCACCUCCUUCUUUCCGAAGCGACUUGAGGCCUGACGAGGUUGGUUACGGGACUACCGAGGCUGUCGACACGACAGGUGGGUCGACGAGCUGGGGGGCGCGCAUGUCAGGCGCCCUGCGUCGCACGCCGAGCCCACAGCAUAUACUGGACCGCGCAGGCAAGACGGUUGUCGCGGGUGUGGCUGCGGCCGGGACAGCAGUGGGGAGCGCGCUGGCUGCCAUUCGGGAGGAGGAUAAGGCUGCCUUUGCGGACCACGAGACGUGGUCUGAGGAGGCGGAUGCGAAAAAGGAGAAGCCCUCCGCGUCGCAGACACGCGACCAUGCCAACAAGAGGAGGAAGACAGUCGCCAUUGUGGUCUCGGCUGACGCACAGCUUGAUGACAUGGAUGAGGACGGAUACCAUGAACAUGCGAAUGAUCACUCCAAGAUCAAGCUGUUCAUCCUCAUCUAUGCGCCGAAUCUGAAGGACACAUCGACGGACACGCCCGCCAGCCGGCCCCCGCCCUCACUGAGCUCGUCCUUCUCUAUGGUCGGACAGGAGCAGGCUGUGACUCCUGGCGAGGAGACCAGGAGCCCCCAGCUGACGGCACUGGGCAACUCGGCCUUCAACAAGACAUACGCACAGGCUGUCGAUCUCGUCGAGAAGGAGGUCAACGUCCUUCCCUUCACCACCUUGGCCGGCUAUGUCCACAUACUGCACCACCUCAAACCAGAAGUUGUCUAUCUGCAGGAGUCACUAGCUGGCGACAAUGGCAGCAACGUACAGAAGCUUCAGACGUGGCUCAGACACGACGUGAUCCUCGUGGUUGGCGCUGACAAUGGCCACGGUGGCUUGGCAGACAGCGAGUCGGAAGCGGAGAAGGCCCACGUUGAGCAAAAAUGGUGGCAGCGAGAAGAUAGGGUCGGGCGCGGCCGGGGAGUCGUUGUUGUGGAUGGAAUGAGAGUAUCGUCCCUCAGUGGACAAGCAAGCUGA